AUGAACAUGAACGUGUUAUCAUCAUCAUCACCAUCUCAUUCUAACUGUGGUCAUUGGUACGUUCGUCACGGUAUCUGCCUCACCUGCAAACAGAAACCAAGCCUUGUCGAAGAAUCCCGACGGUUCGAUUAUCUUUUCACUGGUUUACGUCUGAGCCAAGAAGCUGUAUUCUUUACAAAGCGUCUCACAACCCUAAUCUCACUUCACGCACACAAGAAACUUCACUUAGUCCUUGACUUGGACAACACGCUAGUCCACAGCGUUAGGGUUUCCAAUCUUUCCGAAGCAGAGAAGUACUUAAUCGAAGGUGAGAAACCAGGUUUGAAGCUAUAUCAAAGCAGGAUAAUAAAAGUUAGACCGUUUGUCAAAGACUUCCUUACAGAAGCCAACAAGCUAUUCAACAUGUACGUUUACACAAAAGGCGAUUUGUUCUACGGUAAAGAAAUUGCGAAGAUGAUUGAUCCAGACAAAAACUAUUUUGGAGACCGGGUGAUAACCAGAAGAGAGAGUCCUCACACGAAGACCCUUGAUCAUGUCUUGGCCGAUGAGCGUGGAAUCGUGAUUGUGGAUGAUACGGUUGAGGUUUGGCCUCAUCACAAGAGAAACUUGUUGAAGAUCACUAGGUACUUCUACUUCAAACACAAUGGUAUGGAUAAAGUGUCAUCGUACGCAGAGAGGAAGAGAGACGAGAGUAAAAGCAGAGGAGCAUUAGCCAACCUUCUGAAAUAUCUCAAGGAUAUUCACAAUGGAUUCUUUAGCUGUGACGUCCAAGAAGAGUUGGAUUCAAAGGACGUUAGGUUGUUGAUAAAUGAAAUAGACUUAAAUGUUUUAUCAAAA